GGACCACACCAGCUGCCUUCUCUCCUUGGGCCUGUCCAACGAGGCAAGAACUGAAGACGGGUUGGACAGCCGGUCCCUGGCUCUCUGCUGCCCAGAACCACACAACAGGGAUGUGACAGCUGCCCAUGGUGUCGGCUGCAGUCCGUUUGGGGCAUGGCAGAGAUGAGAGGGAUGCUCUUGUUACUGCUGUGUGUUUCCCACUCUUCGGCCAAGUGCGGCAUCCAGAAAAGCUUACUCUCGGACAUUCUCGAGGACAGCUUGGUCCACAGCAAGAUGUUCCCGUGGGUGGUGUCCCUGCAGGAUUCCCGGUACUCCCACCUGGCUUUCGGCUGCAUCCUUAGUGAGUUCUGGAUCCUCAGCAGCGCGUCCACCUUUCAGCACAGGAAGAACGUGGUCGUUCUAGUUGGUAUAGCUAACAUGGACGCCAGAAUGAGAGGCCACACAGAGUAUCCAGUCAAUGCCAUUAUCCUCCAUGAGGCCUUUAAUAACCACUCCAUGAGAAACAACAUAGCCCUCCUGAAGACAGACUCGCCGAUGCAGUUCAACGACCUGGUCCAGCCCAUCUGCUUCCUCAGCAGGAGGCUGAUUAACCCACCAACCUUUCGGACCUGCUGGGUGGCAGGAUGGAACCCUACCUCUGCAACAGGAGAGCACAUGACGAUGAGUGUCCUCAGGAAAAUGCCUGUGAAGAACGUGAAAUCGUGCCCGCUAAGCCAGCUUCCGGAAACCGCCUGCUGCACUCACAAAGAGGAGAAAGUGGAGCACAUCUGCUUGGGGGACCCAGGAAACCCAGUGAUCUGCGAGCUGCUGCAACAGGACCUGUGGGUCCUCAGAGGGGUCCUCAAUGAAGGCGGUGAGCAAUGCACGGGCCCGUUUGUGUACACCAGGGUAGAACACUACAGCGACUGGAUCUUGGAGGAGUCUGACAGGGUCGGCCCCAGCCUCAAUUCCCUCCGGCACUGGGAGAAGGUGACCCUUCCCUCCAUGGAUCUGAAGGACAUCAAGCCACCGAGGACACAUGCUGGCCACCCCGGAAGGGUUCACGUGCCCUACCAUAAACCAGCCUGGCACGCUAGGCAUUUUCUGCCAGGAAAACACGCUAGAAACAAUCUCUACUUUCGGCCACCGGGCCUGAGGGAGGCAGGCCGGAGCUCGGACUUAGCCAUUCAGCCGAUGUACUAUGACUACUACGGUGGGGAGUCGGGGGAAAGGGGCACCACCUCACGCCACAACGGCUGCUGUCGGACCCGAGACAACAUGUUGCUUUGCCUCCUGCUGCUUCUCCUUUGCAGUGGGACCUAGGCUAGGACCCGAUCCACCCAUCUCGAGAUGCCAGGUGGCAGGUCCUCACCAGGCUGUGUGGAGGAUGCCUAAUUUUGUCUGUUUGACAGGCGCACCUCUGGGUGGCCACGGGCACAUACUGGGCUGCCCCCGCCACCCCACCCCACUUCUUUCCCAUCCCACACGCGGGAAGGUCACCUCCGUUUGUGCUUGUGAACUAAACGUGGGCUGACAAGUGUCGAACCA